AUGCAAGCUUCAAUUAUGGCGCUUUCAGAGACCAGAAGACUUGUGGGCUAUCCACUCCCAGCCGGUCUUCCCAAGGCCUCACAAGAAGGACAGCUCUUCUUGGCUAGCAAUACAAAAGUUAUAACAGUUUGUUUUCAUUUACUUACUAAGCUCUUAGUGCCUUUUAGAGACAUCACUGCAACUGGCAAAAGAAUUGGACUAAAUGAUUUCAACCCCAUACGUCCUUUGGGAUGCGGAGAUACUGGCAGUGUUCAUCUGGUGGAACUGAAAGGUACAGGUGAACUGUAUGCUAUGAAGGCUAUGGAUAAAUCCAUGAUAUUGAAUCGUAACAAGGUCUGAAUGAUAAAACGAGUCGUAACUUACAUUUUCCAGAUAUUAAUUUUAUUUUGCCUAGACAGUAUUGUUCCUACCUAAGGUAUUUCUUGAUGAUUGAUGUCAUUGCAUCUGACCAGUAUAAAAGUGAAUGCAAGUUAGAAACUGAAUCAAGGUUGUCACUGAGCUUUUCACUCUGUGUGUAUGUGUGUGUGUAAUCUUUUCUAUAUUACAAUUGUUGCAAUGUGAAUGACAUUUCUCAAAGUAGAAGUAUGGUUUUGUGCACACUAAGCACUUGGUAACUGAAAGCAUCAUGUAUACAUUAUCAAGUUAUAUAAAACUUUGCCAUUUUUUUCAGUCUUCUGGUACGAGUCAGAUUGGAUUAUGUCGAAUAAUUGGACAUAGUCCUUGGUUCUUAAGACAACGAUUUGGUACAAAUGCAUUAUGAACCGGAGUGCACACUAUUAACUAGAACCAUUAAAAAAUUUAUAUAGUGCACACUUUGGACUCGGUGUAAUCAAGUUUCCGGUGCUGUUUUGUGUGUUUCCUUGUGCUUUUGGAGGAAAAGGUGUUUUGGUAUUCUCAGAUUUGCUGCAACUAGCAUGUAAUUUUUUUUCAUGUAUUUUAUUUCUGGGCAACUUAUAGCCAAAAACUUAGACCAAGCUUGCAUAUAAGCAUUGAAGAAACUACAUACAUAGAAGAAUAGAAAGAGAAAAGAAGUCUGCAACUCUAUUAUUCUAUGAUCAUAAAAACGAGCUGACAUAUAUAAAUCUACUACAAGAGAAGGACUAUGGUGCCCCUAAUGAUAAAUUGAUAUAAAUACAAAAAAUUUUUUAACACCCCUUCUUAAACUCAUGGAUACUAGAAAGUAUUGAGAGUUUUGCUAAGAAGAAAAUGAAAAUGUAGCUUAUUGUAAGACUUCGUGAAAAUGUCGGUUAAUUGCAUAGUAGAAGAAACAAAAACAAAUAAAUAGUUCCAAGUUGAAGAUGGUAAUAGUCAAUCUUGAUAUACUUGGAUCCCUUAUUGGAAAUAGAAUUGUGUGCAAUCUGAAUGACAUUCUUGUUUUCAAAGUACAAGAAGGUGAUAUAUCUGUGUCGAGCACCAACGCUCCUCAAACUUGUGUCAAAUACUCUUUUAUCCGUCUCUAUAAUUAAAUAAUAAAAUAUUAAUUUCAGACGCGUGUCUGACAUUUCUUUGGACUAUGUCCACUAUUAAAC